AUGGAGAGUCUGGCACGCCUGCAAGGGCUACACCAAGAUCUGGUUGCGCUCACGCAGAAAUCCAAGGACGUUGACCGCCUAUUACAAGACCUGAAGGACUCGGUCACUGACUUCCGAAAUUUACUGAAUAAGCCUGUAUCAACAGAGGCAGAAACUAAGGGAUACAACGAGGGGAAGAUCGAGGUCAAUGGCCAGGAAUAUUCCAUCAAUGAAGAGUUCCGACACCUGAGCAAUGCUGUGGGCGCAACCCUUAGCAUCUCAGAAGAAUAUGCUGGCCGUCUCAUUAUUGAGACACAGCAACAAGGCACCUCGGACGAGGAAAGCUUGAUUGCUGAUGUAGUUCAGCUGUACCACGACCGCCGCGAUUUUCUCCUACAAGACUUCAGACUCCUCCUAGCCUAUUCGCUCGACCCUGAUUUUGCAACUCAACCCCGGACCGAACUUGAAGAGCUGGUUAGAGAGGUCUUGGACACCAGGAAUGGAGUAGUUGCCAAUGGCUCUAAUUUCGCAAGGAAGUGUAUGCAGACCAUGCUUGAUAUCGAAGCCUGGCAGGUGAAGUUGAACGAUGCAAUUCUGAGCAAGGCUGUUUUGAGUAAAGCGAGGGGAGAGGCAUUCUACAAAACUCUUGAGUUCCAAAGAAGCAGCUUGUUCAAACAGCAUGAGGCACUAGGUGCUAUCCUAGCGUUGCUCUUUCGUGGCAAUUACACUGCUUCGGAAGACUUGCGCAAGUUACACGAACAAUCACAGACAUGGAAACGACUGGAUUUUAGCUGGAUCCAUUACCUUCCUGCUUUCUCCGCAGCCUUUCAGCAAUAUGGUUCGUCCAACUAUGGCAAUCCUCAGGAUGCGCAAGCUCUGAAUCGGUUUCUGGUUUCAGCCACACCAGAUGUCCAGAAUGGCCCUUACCGACCACUAGCUGCAACACUCGAGAUGUGGUGGACCGCGGAGUUUAGUAGCCACUACAGCGAAAGUGCCGCUCGGGAUCCUGGUGCAGUCAAACGUGAUGAGAUUAUGAAGAAGUCCCUAGACGAUGGAAGCUUGGAAUUUAUGCUCUCCAUCUGUACCAACUUGAAGAAUGAUCCCUGGGAGCAGGUAGCACGCCUGGAGUUGGUCGACAUGUUGCUUGAUGGCAGCAACAUCACCUUCGAAAGUGUGGAACCCUCUUCCGAAUUCUUUGUUGCCAUGAUGAUGGAAGCCUAUGAGGUCUUUGCUGAUGCCUGGAUCACCAACAUGCCUGAUAGUAUUAGAAAACUUAAAUCUGAGGAAGACGAUCUCCGACUCCGACAAGUCACAACUACUCCAGAUGGUAUCUUGCAGCGUCCGCCGCGGGAGCAGGGUGCCCGCCUUCACUUGGAGGCUUUCCUCGUCGUAAUUGCCUUCGCCUAUGAGGGUCGACCUGAAGCAGCAGAACAGUUCUGGCAAGACCCAGACGGUAAUCUACAUGGGUUCCUGCAGUGGACCUCGCGACGACAGACCGUUCCACGUGUUAGUGCCUUCUGUGAGAUGCUCUGUGCUAUCUCACGAUCUGCCGAGAAUGCUGACGCAGCUCACAAAUUUCUACUCGACGAUACUGUUCUCGUGCCAAAUACCAGGGGCAAGAAAUUUCCAUCCAUGAGCUAUCAGCAGAUUUUUGCGGAGCUAGACUUCUAUUCAAGGAAGGUGCACGAGAAAGGGCAGGUGGCACAUACUGUAAAAGUCAGGUCAAAUAUUGAGCCUGAGCUUAACGAAGCAGAAAGUCCUAUCAUGCUUUGCUGCUACCUUCGACUACUAGGUCACCUUUUUCAGCAAACAUCGCUUGCCCGCGAAUAUGUGCUGAAUUUGAACGACAUUGACCUUUUGAAGGGUCUACUAGCACUAAGCGCCGGGUCCAUACCCUCCUACAUGAGAGCUACCAUCUUCUCAUUCUUCGAGUUCUUGGUUACGGACAAAAGUUCAGCCGUGUCAGACAGGGUAUGGUGGACGAUUGAUGACUGGGCAUCCACCAACCAAGACAGGGCAGGCAAGACGCCUGGUGAUAAGCAACCUAAUCCCACUACGAUAGCAUUGCAGAACACUCUAGGAGCAAUCUCGACUUCGUACGAUCAGUACGACGCUUUCGUCAAACUGUUACGUGCACUGAUCGCCCCCUUACCAACCCACAGCGGCCAACCUUUACCUUUCCCACCAGACCUUGGUAACACUUACAGAGUUCCUGGUGUUGUGCCGUACGUCGAUUUGGUCUGUGGAGAACUGACACCAGCAAAUAUGCGCCGUUGGCUUGAGGAUGCUAACACACAAGGUGUCUUGAGAGUGACAAAUGCUAUCGAGUUUUCGUUGCUUUGUCUUCAAGGCUUUAACGAGAACUAUGUGACAAGCCUAGACAAGACAGCUAGGGGAUCAGGCAACCAAGAGACCUAUGAAGCUCUAUAUGUCCAGCGGCAUCCUUUUGCAAGGGUCAUGCAGUGGCUCUUCACCUCAAACUUUACGCAAUGUCUUACAGAAAUCGUACACGGUCUCGUGGAAACAAUCCUCGAUGCGAGUCUAACUGAUCCUAAAGUGCGUUGUUUGGAAGCUGCUGUCGACCUCCUCAACUAUAUCAGUCAACUUCAGCCAACCUUCUUUGAUAUUGUGAAGCCCAGAAUCAGGCUGCAGGACGGUUAUAAAACGAUUCCAUCUUCUGGCAUCAUUGCGAUUGAGGAUCUAGUCAUUAGCCGACCUGAGUUACUCCUUGAUCUGUGCCAGUAUGCUGCGUCAGAGCAUGUACAAUUGUCCUUACGAGUCCUCGAAUUCCUGCAACGACUAUCAGAAUCCGCGAGGCUCCAGAAUCACCUCUUUGUUGAAUCCAAGCGCGAUCGUAGAGGUCGGCAAAUGCUUGAAUUAAUUGGACCCGAAGGUGAAUUAAAGCUCAAAAACAUAUCUACGAGAUUUGCUGAACACUUCAUCGUUGACCCGCGCGAGUUAGAGGAAGGAGGCGACUCUCCAGGCUAUUUGCUUAAGGAUGGCAUAGUGUCUUUCUUCAAUUCAUGCCUCGCUACACAAUCAGAAGCACCAAAUAUCGCUCAUCUCUUACUUGGCUUUAAGAGACUCGGGUCCCGGUUAGUAUCCGACAUUGAAUUCGACGAAGGCAACUCAACGUUUGAUGCUCUCGCAAAACUCUCGGUGGAUUUACCUGUGCAAUGGGAGGAAACCUUGCUAUCAUGGCUAAUUCAUCUCAAAGCCGAAAGCAUUUGUGUAUUGAAACACUUGUGGUCUUUCCCGGUUUCUGCCGAGCUCACUAUGGUGCAGCUCAGACGUCAAAAUUAUCUCGUCAAGCAGCUCAGUGGCCAAGUUGUGGCAGACCAGGACACUAUCUGGGAAGGGAGCAUGAUUACUGAUAAUGACUUCUACUUUCUGACCUCCGCCGAAGCUUUGACGGACUUUAUGUCCUACAGAACGCACCUCUAUGACUACGUCACAAGAGAGAUUCAGCAGGUUGCGAAAGCCAACAUAAGGGCACUGCAAGAAAAGUACUUGUCUACAUUACAAGGCAAGUCUAUGGACGAUAGUGGCAUUCCAAUCAACCAUCCCUCUGUCUUCGACCUUUUUGACUUCGCAGAGCUGUGUACAGAUGCGCCGCAAGUACUCGCCUACGGUCAUCUCGACUUCUUUCACGAUCUCGACUUCGAAGCCUACCAGAGCGGGCCUCUAUACGAUGUUGACAAAGUUCAAACUGUUGUUAACAGACGAUGUGCUUUUGUCCUAGACGAGUAUACUGCAGCAAAUAGGCAGAUCGACUCAACUGCCCUGAACGAAGAGGCUGCUUAUGUUGUUGGUCUUCUCACAGCACGAAACCGUUUUGUCCUCGCACAAGCUGAACGGCUGUCCUGCUUGAAAAGCUACGUGGACAUGAUCAUCAGUGUCGUAGGAUGCUGUCAGAUGGAGCCAACCACGAAGAUACAAUUCGCCCUUCGUAUGCUUCAACUCGUUCUUCCCAAGCUCGAUACAUACCUCGCCGAUGGCACUCAGGAAGCUGUAGAGCUGACGCGCCUAGCGGACACAUUACUCCUCGUACUUGCAGAAAUUCAGCCUCAAGUCAAGCAAAUUCAAACUCGAGUAGAUGUCACGAUAGCUGAGAAACUCUUCCAGCUUUUUCGUAUAUGUGCAGAAGGUGUUGCUUUUUCGGCCAGCAAUCCAGACCUUCGAGCAGUGCUCUAUAGCAUAUGUUCAGAGUAUUUGACACGAAUCCUAUCCUCGGCAAGCUCGAAUACAGACUCAAGUCAAAGGGCCCGCACCAACGCCAUGGACACGAUUCGUUCAGUCGGGAACCAGCUGAUUACCAUUAUUUCCGACGACGCAGACGACGGCCUUGAUGCAUGUCGUCUCAAUGCUCUAAACUUUCUAUCGCAACUCGUCAGCCUAGCACGCAGCCAGAAGGUGAAUAUCAUGAUCGAAUCAUUUGUCAAAAUGAACAUACUCGAAGUCCUGCUUGAUCCGAUAAAAAGUGUGGCGGCAGACUUUCAGUCCGCCAAUCCCAGCAAUCGUAUCUACCUGACCUCGGUCUUUGAGUCACGAAUUUUGCUUCUCCUUCAAGUAUCUAGAACCCAUCUUGGUGCAUCCGCUCUCCUCGACGCAAAUCUCCUACAAACGCUGCGUGACUCCGGCCUAUUCGCAGCAGACCCCGACCUAGGUUUCGACCUUAGUUCCAUCGGCCCAGCAUCGCUCGUGCGCUCUACAACCCAGAAUGGUGCGAGUGCGAGCAUUGGAUGUCUACGCCUACUGCUCUCCACCUUCCUAAACUUCGGUCAGGAGAACGAGAAGAUCAUAUACCUGGUCCGUAGCUUCCUAGCCGACCAUAGAGGCAAUAUGGUUGGUAUAUUUAAGCGUGCCGCCGGUCUAAGUCUGGCAAGUCAACAGGCUGCGCAGACGAGUUUGUUUGCUAGCAUUCCUGCUGGAAGUGUGUUAGCCAAGGAGGACAGAGACAUGAGAAGACUGGUCGACGAAUGUAUGAAGGCGUAUACAGGUCUGGCUAUUGGCAGUGGCUUUUUGGAUUUUGAAGAGGACAGUGGUUUGGCUGGGAAUGGGAUGGUUAGGGAUGGGGGACUUGGCCGGAGUAAUUAUGCUGGUGGAGGAUUCACUUGA